AUGUUAAAAAAUAUAUUUAGCGAGUAUUUAAAAUCGUAUGAUAACAAAGACGAGAACUAUGAGCGUAUAAAUAACCUGAGCAGAAAUUAUUCAUGUGACUAUACUUCUGAUUGGAGAUGGUUUAGUAUAAAAUGCGAACGGUUUUUAGAAAAUGAAUUAUAUAAGAAAUAUAAUAAAGAAGAAAGAGAAAAAAAGAAGAAAAAUAAAAAUAUCAUAAAAGAAAAUGAGAACCUUGCAAUAUUUAGGUCCUUCUUUCCCAAAAUUUUGUUAAAUAUUUAUAGCAAAUGUGAAAACCCGGCACAGUUUUUCUCAAAUCUUGUUAUUCAGAAGUUUAACUCGGUUGUGUUUUUCUGUGACGCCAGCGGAUUUUCUAACCUCGCUGAACAACUCGACAAACGAAUUAAUGGUACGGAAUUAUUAGGAAAUUGCUUAAACAAGUUUUUCAAUAUUCUCAUUAAAAUUAUAGAUUACUGGGGAGGAGAUAUAAUUAAGUUCAGUGGAGACGCCGUUCUUGUUAUAUGGCCUCUUCACAAUGUUCUAAAAAAUAAGAAGAAAAAAAAAAAAAAAAAUGGCACGCAAAAUAAUGAUAGUGAUGAUGAACAUGUUAACCUUAAAGAUAAUAAAACAUCACAUGAUAGGUAUAAUUUAGAUAAACAUAUAGAUAUGGAAAAACAUAAAACAAAUUUUGAAAAUUUUAAUUUAAGUAAUAAUCAUAAUAAUAUUCAUAAUAUCUAUAAUAAUGAUGAUGAUGAUUAUGGUGAUCACCAAAAUGAAGUGUAUGAUAAUAUUAAAAAUUAUAAUCUAAAAAAUAAUAAAAUUAGUAAAUCGAAUAUUGCUCAAGCAAAUAACUCAGAUGAUAACUACCCUUCAGAUUAUAAUAAAAAAAAAAAAAAUCAAAACGCAGUAGAAAUACGAAAAAUAUGUCUCCUAGCCUUAGGGUGUUGUAUGGAUAUACACAAAUUAUUAAAUAAAUUCCCAACACCCAUAGAAAAUAAAUAUUUAAAAGUACAUAUUGCUAUCACAUAUGGGAAGGUCAGCUUCUUACAAAUUGGAAAUGUCUUAAGGAAAAGAGAAUAUCUCUUAUCAGGAAAACCGUUAGAAGAAAUAGGUGCAGGUGAGUCCCUAGCAAAAAACGGGGAAAGUGUGCUCUCCUACUCUUUUUAUAAAAAUAUUAAAGACAAAGUUAUGGUUCAAGGGACAUGCAAAAAGAACUUUUUCUUAUUUGUAAAGAUGAAGGAGGAAAUUGAUAUGAAGAAGUUGAAAAAAAAUUAUGAAGAGGAAGAAGAAGAACAACAACAAAAUGAAAGGGAGGAACAAAAUGAAAGGGAGGAACAAAAUGAAAGGGAGGAACAAAAUGAAAGGGAGGAACAAAAUGAAAGGGAGGAACAAAAUGAAAGGGAGGAACAAAAUGAAAGGGAGGAACAAAAUGAAAGGGAGGAACAAAAUAAAACGGAGGAACAAAAUAAAACGGAGGAACAAAAUAAAACGGAGGAACAAAAUAAAACGGAGGAACAAAAUAAAACGGAGGAACAAAAUAAAACAGAGGAACAAAAUAAAGAAGGACAGUUACCUAAUUUAUUAGUAGAUAAUAGAAGUGUAGUAAAGGAAGAGGAGAAUAUUAGUAAAAACAAUAUAAAAGAUAAUAAAAGAAGAAAUAGUUUAGAAGAUAAAAUAAAGAAGCGAUUUACAUUGUUAAGUACAGAUAAGCAAUCUAGACAGUCUACUAUUAUAUAUGAAAAUUUUGAUCUUUUAUUAAAAACAUUUAUACCAGAUAUUGUAUAUAGAAAAUUAUCUUUAGGAUGUAAUAUAUUUUUUAAUGAAAUUAGAAAAGUAACAAUCAUUUUUGUAUCUGUUAAGGAUAUUGAUGCAUCUACUAUGACAGGUGUUCAUUCAGCACAUGGUAUAAUGAAACUAACACAGAAAGCUGUUUUUACAAUGGAAGGAACUAUAAAUAAAUUUAUAUUAGAUGACAAAGGUAUAUUAAUAUUAAUUAUGUUUGGAUUACCACCAUUAUAUCAUUGUGACGAUACAAUAAGAGCUUUGCUUACUUGCUUUAGAUUAAUAGAUGCUUUGAAAUCUUUAAAAUUAAAUGGGAGUAUAGGUAUAUCUACUGGGAAAAUAUGGUGUGGUAUUAUAGGUAAUAAAAUAAGAAAAGAAUAUACAGCUCUUGGAGAUUCAGUAAAUGUAGCUGCUAGAUUAUGUUUUAAAGCAGGAAAUAAAGAAAUUUAUGUUGAUGAAAAUACUUAUAAUAAUUGUAAACAUUUUAUAUCUUUCCAAAAAUUAAUAUCUAUAAAAGUUAAAGGAAAAAAUAAACUCAUCAAAAUAUAUUCACCUAUAGGUACUAUUAAUAAAAAAUCCAUAGAUUAUGUUUAUGAUAAUACAUCUAAUGAUAAUAAUUAUUUUACGGAUGAAGAAUUAUUAGUUAAUAAUCAAAAUAAUAAAAAAAAUAAUAAUAUAUUAUUAAACAAAGAAGAAACAAUAAAAAAUGUUCAUGAGAAUUUAUAUACCAAUAUAGAUCUAUCCAUUAUACAAAAUAAACUAAUCAAAACAAAUUAUCAACAAAUUUUUGAUUUUUCAUUUUUAAAUAAUAAUUUCUUAUUCAUAUAUUAUAAAUCCUUCUUUAAAAAUAAAAUAUAUCACCUGUUCAAAGAAAAAAAUUCCUUCUAUUAUUUACAAAACCUUGAUACAAAUAAUUACAAAAUUAUAACCACAACAACUUUUCCUAAUUACUCUCUCAACAAAAAUAUCGAACAAAUCAAUAAUAAUCAUCUCAUUAUUAAAAAGGACAUGGAUAAACAAUAUGUAAAUAAUCAUCAAAAUUUAAAUCAUACCAUAAAACAAAAUCAAUUCAUAUUACACAAAGAUGGAAAUCAUAUAAAUAGCUAUGAUGAUUUUCACGGGAAAUCACAUUCACCAUCAAAAUCAUUUUCAAGUAUAAAUAAUACAUAUAACAAUCUAUUAACAUACGAUAUGAUUUAUAGCUUAUCUAGAUUUAAUAAAAUAAAAACAUCAUUACAUGUCGAUUAUAAAAGUUAUACAGGUCCUUUUUUAUUACAUGAAUAUUAUGAUCCAUUUCAUUUUAAAUUCAAAGAACUUUCGCGUAUAGGUGGUGUAUUAUUUGUUGAAGGGAAUGAAAAUUUAGGAAUUUUUGAAUUUAUAAAAUUAAUUACUAACGGAUUAUAUAAUUUCAAAUUAUUCAAUGUUAGUAAUAUGCCAAACUCAUUAUAUAUUAAUAUAACAAAUCCAUUAUUACCAUGGAAAAUUUUAUGUAACGAUAUAUUAAACACUUGGAAACUUUCACAUAUGAGAAAAAAAAAUCUACUCCUAAAUAAAAAUGAUAACUUCAAUAUGUUAAGAGAAAUCACACACCCAUCUUAUCAUUGGUUUUUUAAAUCUAUGAUACAUGUAAUCGAUGAUUUAGAUAUACCUUUUUUUAAAACAAAAAAAAAAAAAAAAAAAAAAGAAAAAGAAAAGGAAAAAGAAUAUUAUAAUCAUAAACAUAAAAAUUAUAGCUACCAAACUAACAAAUAUAUUCACAACCAUACCAAUAAAAAAAAUGAACACAAUUUAAUUCAAAAUAAAAUAAAUACAAACACGCAAACACAAAAUGCUUCAAACAACUCCAACAACAAUAUUUUUUGUCAAAAAAUAUCCACAUUUUUAGAAUAUUUCUUUCAUAACUCCAGACGAGAAAAAAAGAAAAACAAAAAAAAGAGCAAAGAGAAAAUUAAAAAAAAAAAAAAAACUCUCCAAGAUGGUAAGCACAUCGGUAAUACGAAUGAUAUGGAUGCAAUAUAUAACGGCCCUUCGGAUGUGUCACAUGGCAGCACUUGGGAUAAGCAAUGUAAUAAUGACGACGAUGAUGAUGAUAUUCAUGAUGAUAAUCAUGAUGAUAAUCAUGAUGAUGAUGAUAUCCAUGAUGAUAAUCAUGAUGAUGAUGAUAUCCAUGAUGAUAAUCAUGAUGGUGAUGAUAUCCAUGAUGAUAAUCAUGAUGGUGAUGAUAUCCAUGACGAUUUUCACGAUGAUGAUGAUAUCCAUGAUGAUAUUCACCAUGAUGACAAUAUUCAUGAUGAUGAUAAUUAUAAUACUCCUGUGAGGAAACACAAUGUCAAGAAAAAUAAACUAACAAACAAACAUGAACCCUCAUACCCCAAACAUACAGCAACAGGUGAUGUAAGCUCCUCUUCUCAUGCAUAUUCAAGAAACGAUAUACAAACCAAAAUGAAAAAUGAACUAAAAGAAAACAGAAUAGGUAUUAUAAGUUCCAUGAUUUAUUAUUUUACAUUACAUGAAAAUAUGUUUAUUAUAUUUAAUUACAGAUCAGGUACUUCCUUAAAUAUUAACAUUGAAGAUGAUGCUUGGAAAAUAUCAAAUAAUAUUGCUAAGUUAGCUAUGCUUAAAAGAAAAAAAAUAUCCAAACAUUUACAAAAAAAUCUAAAGGAUUGGAGAAAAAAUCAUUCGAGGAAGUGUGAUUUCUGCAAAGGUAAUUUUAUGAACACCACAUAUGUGAAUAAUGUACAUGAGAAUAAUAAAUGUGCAGACAAUAUAUAUGGAAAUAUCACAAAUCUAAACAAUAUUUAUGGGGAUAAUACAAAUGAUUCAUUUUUACACAACAAUGAUGAUGAUGAUAAUAUGUACAACUCUGAUAAACAAAAUAGAUUAUCUUUCAAAAAAAACAUAAAUGAUUUCUUAGACGAUCAUAUGAGAGCACAAAGUAUUGAUCAUGUGGAUAAAAAUAUUAUUUCACAAAUACAUAAUGACAUAAAUAAUGAUACAAAUACAAACAAUAUAUAUAAUAUCAAUGAUAUGUAUAAUGAGGAGAAUUCUCAUUAUUCACAAAAUAUUAACAUAACAAAUGAUAAUAAUAAUAAUAAUAAUAAAAAAAAUAGUAGUAGUAGUAAUAAUAAUAAUAAUAACAAUGAUAUAUCUGCUUUUUCUUUAAAACAACAAAAAUUAUAUCAAGCUCAUGAAAUUAUUCUUAUGGACGAAAAUAAUGAUUCCUCAUCAAAGAAAAGUAGUUCAGCAACAUUAAUAAAUAAUAGCGAAAUAAAUUCACAAAUUUAUAACAAUGAAAAUAUUAUACACAAUACAAACAAACAAGAAAAUAUAAAUGUUUUACAAUUAUUUAAAGAAGAAAAAGAUAUUGUAAAUAACACCAACAAAAUUAAAGAACAAAAAAUGUUCUACAAAACUUUAUGUCCAAAUAUUAAAGAUAAUAUUUUAUUAUAUAUAGCUCAACAAAAAAUGAACGAACAAAAUAAUAAUUAUCAAAUGAAUAAAAAUCAAAACAGCAAAAAUAACUAUUUAAAUGAUAACAUACAAAAUCAAAUCAAUCAUCUCGUUAAAGAUAAUAUGGAUAAACACAUUUAUAAUAAUAAUAAUAAUAAUAAUAAUGACAAUGUUUAUCAAAAUAAAUCACCCUUAUGUAACCCUUUUUUUAUGCACAAACAUAAACCUCUUAUCUUUCUAUUUAUUAAUGGAAUGAAAAAUAAUAGUAAUAUAAAACAAUUAAAAAAAAUCAAAAAAUAUGCACAACAAUGUGAAGCCUCUAUAGAAUUAAAACCCUUCAAUAAAUAUGAUCUAUACGAAUUUGUUAGUCUAUGCCUAAAUAUACAUAAAGAUAAAAUAAGUACACAACUCAUUGAAUAUCUAAAUAAAACUUGUUUUGGAAUCCCUAAAUUUGUACAAUAUACUUUAUUUUAUCUUCUUACUAAUCAUUAUAUAGAAUUAUACAAAUAUGAAAAAGACAAAAAUGAUAAACAUAAUUAUGAAAACAAUGAUGAGCUCCAUCCGUCUGUCGACGCAAGGAAGAAUAAUGAGAAGAAUAAUGAGAAGAAUAAUGAGAAGAAUAAUGAGAAGAAUAAUGAGAAGAAUAAUGAACAGAAUAAUGAGAAGAAUAAUGAACAGAAUAAUGAGAAGAAUAAUGAACAGAAUAAUGAGAAGAAUAAUGAGAAGAAUAAUGAACAGAAGAAUGAACAGAAAAAUCAACAGAAAAAUCAACAGAAUAAUGAACAGACCAAUCAACAGAACAAUCAACAUAAUAAUGAUGAAAUAUUCUUUUUGAAAGAACAAAAAUAUGAAAAAGAUUCAUCCAGCACAAAUCCCGCAAAAAUUAAUCAUCCUAAUGAUAUAACAUGCGCAAACCAAUUUAAUCAAAUAAAUAAUAUAAAUCAAAAUUAUGACAAAAAUAAUUAUAUUAAUCAUUUCAGUAAACAAAUCAUCUCAGUACAAAACGAAACAGUAAAAUCUUCAGUAUUCCCAUCAAAUAGCACAACCUCUUGCAAUGAUAAUUCAAAUAAUGAUGAUAUAAAUUAUGAAUAUGAUCUUGUGGUAGUCAAGGAUUUAAAUGAAGCACCGCUAGUUCCUCGAUUAACAGCCUAUUGCAUGUCCCUAAUCGAUAGCCUAAACCAAGAAGAACAGCUGUUGGCUAAGCUUUGCUCCUUCUUUAAUAAUACAUUUAACAUUAAAAAAAUGGAAUGUAUAUAUCCUAAGUAUAUUUCAAGGUGUGAGUUAAAAAAAAUUAUUGUAAAGUUGGUGGAGAAGAAUGUCUUUUGUUUAUAUGAAGAUCCGAACAAGAAAUCUGUUACUCUUCCCAAAGAUAACGUUAAUUCUAUACAUAACAUUAAUUUCGUAUAUAGAGAUAUGUAUAAUAAAAUAAAUAGUUUCCUUGAGAAGAAAAGUAAACAUCACUCCCUAUUUGGUAAACACAAAAAUGUACCUGAUGAGGAAAUAUAUUUCUGCAUAACAAAUUUUUCGUUAAAAAAGGUUUUAAAUGAUUUAUUGGAGAAUGAAGAAAAGGAAUAUAUAAAAAAAAUUUACAAAAAGUAUAUAGAAUCUUAA